CCCCGCGUUUAUCUAAAUGAGGAAGAACUUGAAUUAAAAGUGAAACAAUGUAACGUUCGAGAUACACAGAUUCGGGAGCGUGUGCAGUUCACGUGCGUGUUCAUAAACAAAGAAAUGCCCGUUCUCAGCUGAAAACCAUGUUUUAUUGUCGAUUUCUGCUGCUUUGUUUUUAUCUGUUAUAUUUCUGCGCUGCGUUUCGCGUUAAUGCAACGUCUCCUCCGAGAAAUGCGAAAUCCUCUGAUAACCUGCAGCACACAGACUCUGCGGAGCAGAAUGCAGGUAGCACCAGACACAACGGAAGGUCCACUGAAGGUCUGGAGGGGUUCGAACCUGGUGAUGUUGCUCCUGCUUUCCAGGUGCAAACUCUGGACGGAGUGUUUAUUUACAGUCCUCAGAACGGCUCGAGGAGUGCGCUCGUCGUUCACGCGUUCACCAAUAAAUCCGCCUUUCUGGAGUGUCUGUGGACGUGGAGCGAGUCUCUGUCGGAGCUGCUGACAUAUCUGCCGUCCAGCACUGAAGUCCUGCUGCUGUCCCUGGAUGACACUGCGCUGCAGGACGCGCUCUGGAUGAGAGAGCAGGUGUACAGAGCCGCAGCUCACGGAAAGGGACGCCCUGUGAAUGUGACAUUCCAGGUCACACCUUCUCCAAACUUCUUCUUCGCGAUCAACCAGAAGGGGGCGCUGUCUGAGAUGGGCUGGUUUCUCUACCCCACCUUUAGAUUCAUGGCCUGGCAAGCUCAGUGGUUCACAUUCAAUGAGGCUCUGCAGGAGCAGCUGAGUCAGCCUGCCGUUAUAGUGCCUGUGUUUGAUCGUCAUCUGAUGCAGGGAGAGACGGGAGCUCAAGCAGUGGUGGAUCUGCCUGGAGAUUUCAUGGAUUAUGAUAUUCUGGAAUUGGACGCCUCCCUGUCCUGUCCCGGCCGCAGGGACGAGACAUGUGCUCACUGGGAUCACACCGUACAGCUGUACGUAUGCUGCGAUCGCACCAGCCCAUACUGCAACCUGGAGCUCGGGCGCUGGAUAACAGCCUUUCGCAGAGGCACAGGUCAUUGGCUGACGGAUGUUUCUCCUUUGAUUCCCCUGCUAAAUGACAAGAAAUGUGUCUUCACCAUGAAGACUGUGCCAUGGGCCAUGCCAUGGAUGACGUCUCUCAAUCUACGCUUUAGUUACAGCAACCAGACAGACAGACUGUACCCUUUCAAGGUAAUGUCACUCUUCCCUGGGGGGACGUUUGACAAGGACUAUAACAGCAGAUACCAAGAGAUCAAGUUCAGUCUUCCAGCUUCAACAAAGAAGGUGGAGUUAUAUGCUGUUAUCACGGCUCACGGGUCUGACGAGAACUUCUGCGGUGAAUUUUGUGUGACAUCACAUCAUUUCCUGAUCAACAGAUCCGUCAAUAACACGCUCGUGUUUGAGUCAGCUGGAUCACCUCUGGGCUGUGCCAUGCGGGUAUCUGAAGGAGCAGUGCCCAAUGAACAUGGGACCUGGUUGUACGGCCGCGGAGGCUGGUGCGACGGGCUCCAGGUGGAUCCAUGGAGGACCGACAUCACUUCCCAGCUGGACAUGAGUGGAACCAAUUCUGUCCUUUACUUUGGACUCUUUGAAGGACGCAAUCCAGAUCCAAAGACUAAUCCGGGGUACAUUAUUAUGUACUCCUUUCUAGUGAUUUAUAAAUGAUUUCACAGACAAAAAAUUCAGCAGAAUUUAAUUCUCACUUUUUUGGCAGUAUUUUCCUACAUUCAGAAUCAUUUGUUUUUAUUUGGUGAUUUUAUUUUCAUUUUAGUAUUCCCUAAUGCUGCUUAUUUUUGAAAGGUAUUUUCUGUUUAUAAACGCUUUCUGACAUGAUUAAGUUUAUCAUAAUUUUUAAAGCAGUUGACACCUGAGAUUAGACAGUCACAUAAUCACACAUACAGUAAAUUGACAGAUCUUUUUAAAAUAAAUUGUGUCUUGAGAGAUACACAUCUGUCUCACUUAAAUCAUUUAUUUGCAUUACAGCA